AUGUCUAUGGAUAAAACUGCUCUAGACCUUGUGAAGGGCCAUGGAGGAGGAGGGUAUGACUCAGAUUUCAGUGAUGAUGAUGAUGGCGGUGGAGGGAAGUGCAAAUAUGGUGAGAAUAGGGAAGGCAAAGACGAGCUGUUACAGAAGCCAUUCCAGAAAGGAAAACACACCAAAGUGGCCCAUAAGAAUGUUGCUGCACACAAAUGGGACAGAGAGGAAGCCAGAAACCGACGACAGCACCUGAUAUCAAUGAACGCUUUUGAGCGUCAUAAGAAGUUUGUCAGCGAUUACAUUCUGUACUAUGGAGGAAAGUUUGAGGACUUCAGACGAUCCAUGUCUAAAGAUAAGACAGAUCUGGAUGUGGUGACAGAGAACCACCGUUUCCUGUGGAGAGACGAGGAUGAGGAGGAUAUGACAUGGGAGAAAGAGCUCGCAAAGAAAUACUACGAUAAGCUCUUUAAGGAGUACUGUAUUGCUGACCUCAGCAGAUACAGAGAAAAUAAGUAUCUGGAAAAGAUAUGCAGUAUUCUGUUAAUGGUGAAUUUUGCCUAUGUGGAGCGAGGGGAGAAGAGGAACGCCCUGGUGAAGCUGCGUCUGUGUCCAGAGUGUUCCUUCAAACUAAACUAUCAUCACAAGAGAAAGGAAGUGACGGUGAAGAAGAAACAGCAGUCAAAAGAGAAUAUGGACAAGUCAGUCUCAAAGAAAUCCAAAUCAUCCAGAAAGCAGAAGCGCAAAGACAAACGCAAACACAAAAAGAGACGCAAAGAAUACUCAUCUUCAAGUUCAGAGGAGUCCCAGGGUUCAGAUAAAGAUGCAGAAAGUGAUGAAGAAGAAGAGGGUCCUUCAGAAUCAGACCACUGGAGGGGCCCUGCACCCACUGUAGAGGAGAAGUCACGGGAGGAAGAGUUUGAUGAGUGUUUUGAAGACAUGUUUCUCUGAGUCGAGGAAAGGAAGAUCCAAAACAAUCUCAUGCCUACUGUUUUCUUUUUAUAACGGUUAGUUUUGUUUUUGAGAAGAAUAGUUUGAUUACAAUUUGUUGAUUAUUAU